CAGCCAACGAAGAUAAAAUGCCCGGUCACUGCAGCCGACACGGAUGCUGCACAAAUACCACACACCAGAACGCACGUGAGCUCCUGCACUCAGUUGUGUUGCGUCAUGUGUGUGAGUGGGUGAGGUCACCUCCGAGCAGCUACGGCAGCCCCACGCGCUAAAAGGGUAGGGACAAUCAAAAGUGAAACACGAAGGAAUGAAAGGCACGAGUGUCGUAUAGGAAUGGGGGACGAGUGAAGCUGAUCCGCUUGCCGCUCGCCCGCUCCAUGCUUCCCUCACCUGUUUUUGGAUCCGCGCUCGCUGCCAGAGACGGGGGCGCUCGCUGCCGGCGUGACGCGAGCAAUACUGGGUGAUAUACGGACCUGGGACAACAGAACCACACCACAUCACGCAGAAUCUCCUGGCUGGCACCACCGUGGAUCGUCCCCCGCCCCAUUCUCCGUCCGUCCCUGACUGACUGACCUGUUCCGCAGGGGUGGUUGUCAGAGGUCUACUAAUAUCGUCAGCCAGCCCUCCCCCUCCACGACCCAUCCCCAGCCCUCCCUCAACAGGUGCCGUCUGGGAGGCCAACGCAGGCAGUGGCGGCCGCCCAGACGAUGUCGACCUCGGACUCCCGCGAGGCAGCGGCGGUUUCCCCCUGAGUGCCGGUGACCCGACUUGAGAUCCGACGGGUGUCGUCCCUCCUCCUCGCCGAUCGGGGCUGACAGAGCCCCUCCUCUCCAGCUCGGCCAGACGGGCGCGUUCGAGAGCCUCGGCUGUGAGAGUGGGGCUGCGGUGAGGGGUCAGGCUUGCCCCGCCGUCUUCACUCGGUCGGUCCCUCUCGUGUGGCAGCCGGGUCCGCCUCACACACCGACUCCCGCUGAGGCUGCUCCGGACACUGCCGCUCCCACCACCAAUGCUCGACGGGCUCACGCGUCGGAGAUCAUGCAGCGGGCUCUUGUCCGCGACCUCCCUCUCGUCCUUGACCAGGCCGUCGGCACCAGCAGCCACAGCAGCCGGGAGUGACAGGAUUGGGGCCUCCUGGCCCGUCUCGCCUUCGUGUGGUUGCCGCGCAGUCGUAAGGCCGCUCGGCCCAGGCGCCAUGGCGCUCUCGGCAGGCGUCUCUAUGCCUGUCGUCCGUGCGCUCGCCCGCAGAUUGGGCGCCGAGCCGUCAUCUUGGUGGUCAGGCCCAUCUCCCGCACCCUCCGGCUCGCCUUGCGGAUUAAACCGGUCAAUAGAUGGUGACGAAGGCGAGGUUGGCUGCCCAGCCCCGGCCCCCAAGUUGGCACUCCACUCACGUCGAGUCGGCUGCCGCUCGUGUGGGUCGGGGGAGCCGUCGUGGGGGGACGACGCUCCUCCUUCGCUCCGUGGCGGCAGUCGGCCUCUCCUCGAGGGCGAGCGAGACGAGAGACGGAUGAGAGGGUCUGCUGCGCCUGUCCGUUCCGUCCUCCCAUCACUCCGUGUGCUGCGAAGGCCGCGGUCCCCAGCAGCAGCGGCAGGGGCAGGGGAGCCGCCCCUCUCUCCCGUCUGUCUGCCGUUGAGCUCGGGGCGGGUCGAGGCACCUGCGGGGCUCUGUGAGGGCCGAGAUGGCUCUCUCUCUGCUGUCUCCCUCGGCGGCCCACCGGAGGCCUCCACGUGUGCAUGGCCAUCGGCGUGGCUGAGGAAUGCAUUCCCCCGCUGUAUGGCGCUGGUGGCCUCGCCGAGUGACGGGAGGGGGGGCAGCGGAGCGUGCCUGGAGGACCUCGACCGGUCGUAGUUGGAUGGCCCGGAUGGGAAGAGGUCGUUGAGGGCCGUGGGUGUGGCUGCGGCUGUGGCUGUUGGCUGUGAGUGUCGGUCAGCAGCGGACGGCGAGAGGCUGGCCGAUCGCUCGGCCCACAUGCGGAGACGGAGCUGCUGCAUCUCUAGGGCGUGGAGCUCCUCUGAGUGGAGGGUGUGCUCAACCAUUUCCGUCAUCUUCUCGAUGUACUCCUGCACAGCACACAACACAACACGAUGUCUCAAAAGUGCACGCUGCAUUUGAUCUCUCUGUGCUGACCGACCUGCAGUUUGCCGAGCCUCCUGUUGAUGGCGUGGAUGUUUUUGGGUCCCGACGCAGACAUCGAGUACUGAGCAGAGUUCGCAAACGACGCCGAAGCGGGCUGUGAUGCUGCAGCAACAUGGUCGCCCCGAUGGCGGUGGGAGCCCCGCCCCCUGGCCGUCCCUGUUGUGGUCGAGGUGUCCCCUCGAGUGGCGCCGGCAGUAGACAACGGAGUGUAGGGCAGCACGGGGCCGCCACGCAGGCCUCUGCUUGGUCGAUGAAGGUCGGUCUCCCUGUGGCCGCCCCGCCCCUCCCCUCCCGCAUUGACGUCUCGCGGCUGCAGUGGUCGCUGUCGGCUGGGUGUGGACGAGGAUGAGCCGAUGUCUGUGUGGUGAAGGGCGCCCUCCUGCCGCUGGUUGGGCUCCCUCAAGCCACCAUCUGCCCUCUGCUGCUGCCUCUCGGGCUCACUCCACGACGGCGACAGCUGCUGCUGACCACCUGCCGCCCCCUCUCCCCGCUGUGUGGGCAGCACAGGCCCAUCGGAUCGCCUGGCUCGGCCAGGGGGAGAUCUCACGCGGCCCCGGCCACGCAGAGAACCCGGCGAGUUAAAGCCUCCAGCCGCAGCGGCCUCGGCGAUGAAGCCAGGUGUCGGUGGUGUGGGCACCGGGCUUGGCGUGGGGGGCGGGGUGGGGUCGUCCGGGCUCGGGGCGUGUCUGGGCGGCUGCUGUGAGGAGGGACCUCCAGACAGGACUGGCAAAAUGCGCCUAACGCCGCCUCGACCAGUGGGAGGGAGAGGCGCCCGCGAACGGUCUGCUGACGGCGAGCUCGCUGCUGCAGCCAUCAUGCUGGCGAACGGCUGACCGGCCCCCGACAGGAGCGAUCUCUCUGCCUCACUCUCGUGCUGCGGGGGCCGGGGGGGCCGUGCUGUUGAUGACGAUGAAGCUGCUGCCGGCUGUGACACAUCGGCGAAGACGUGGGAAUCCUGCCUUGCGCUCUCGCCUCUCUCCCUCUGCGCGUCGUUGUUGUCGAUCUGGAGGAAGUCGACGCCCUCCUGGAUGGACGGUGACGCAGCGGACGCCUGGUUGCUGCUCGUCAUGCCGUGAGGGCUCCGGUCCAAGUCGAGCGGCACGGGCACGGGCACGGCCAUCGCACCAGGAGGGAUGAGGGAGGGGGGAGGCGACAACGCCGACGGGGCCGACGGCACUGCACACAGAACGAGAGACCAUUGACGAAGGAGGUUAAUGUACAGUGGUGCUCAGAGCAUACCUGGUGCGUCCCCACUGUUGGCGGCCGUAUCCACCACUUCCCCAAUGGCUUUUGCAACCCCUAAGAGACUACCAGGCGGUCUGGCCGCCGCCUCCUCCCCGCCCUCGCCCGACUGAUUGGCCAUCCCCUCGGCUGCAGCAGACGUGUCAGGUGCCUCCUCCGCCUCUGCUGAGUCAUUCUCGGUGUUGGCGCCCUCCUCUGCCGGCGACGCAUCUUCUUGCCUGACGUCCUUAACCAAGGGCACUCCCACCAUCACCACACCCUCGACAACAAGCCCGUUCGUCUCCCCAUGCCCGGAUGCAUUGCCAGCACUGUCGGUGCUGUGGUUGGCGUUUGCAUCCUCACUGCGGUCUCGGUCGGCGAGCACCCCGUUGGCCGGACUGGGCGCUUGGCGAGCCGGCGAAGUAGGCUGGGGCAUUGGGGACUGCUUGGAAGGUCCUGGGCCGGGCGGCAACGACGCACUGAUGCUGGGAUUGGACGCAUAAUCGGCCGCUGAUGUGGCGUCCAUGUUGGCGCUUGUCGCAGCCCCAGAAGGCCGCGCGUCGCCGUCCCUCCCUUCCCUGCGUACGCCGUCUGCAGCUGUUGUCGUGGUGUCGGUGACGCCCUCAGUGCUACGACCAUUGGCGAUGGGCAGCUGGGUGAUGGGUGGCUCGUCCGCCGCUGGUGUCUCGCCUUGCGGCCGUCCACCAGGCCGCUCGGAGGACGACGCGAGAUUGGAGGAGUCGCCUGCCACGUCGCUCUCUGUUGAUCGAACAGAGCAGCCCAACGUCGAUACAUCUGAGAGGAGGCGAACAGAGAGGUCAUAAUGGGUAUUGGUGUCUGGUCUUCACCUCACUCACCUGGUCUCUUCAACGGCGCCGGCGACACAAUGUCACGUCCUUGGUGCUGCGUCAGAAGCACCUCGAGGUCGCUUGCCGGCCUGGCAGCCGCCUCAGGAGCGGGCGACAGCGACCCCUGCACCGAGUGCUGGACGAGCGGCAGGAUGGCCGACGCUGACACGCUCAUCGUAUCCCCGCCCGCAUAGCCAACACUCACACUCGACUGCUCAUGCAGCGCCAUCUCCAGCUGCACCUUCCGCUUGCCAAGGAUGGGGUGCGGCACUGUCCGACGAUUGUAGCCCCCUGCUGCUGACUCGCCCAGGCCGCUGUGGCUCAUGCUGUGGCUAUCGGACAGGGCGAGGCCGGGGUCGUUGUGGGUGGCAUCGUCCGCGUCACCUACAGUGCCCCCCACUCGUCCAGCGGCAGCGAUGUCCAUGCCGCCCUGCCUGUCGGCAGCCAGUCGAUCGACUUCGGCGUGUUGCCGGCUCGUGUGGCUGUUGGGCAGCACAGGUGUGCUGAAGCGAUCGGGUCUGUCGUCACUGGAUGGGUCGCGGGAAAUGGGGUGACUCGACGGCUGUGGGCAGCUGGGGUUGUGGCUGAGACUGUAGAGGGAGCUGCGGAGGCUGGCAGCAAAGGAAUGAGAGGCCAGGGAACGCGACGGGAGCGACAUCGCGCCACCCGGCCCCACCAGACCGCCCACGCGACCGCGGACCUGGGGAUAAUGCCCGCCGUGGCCGAAGGGGAGGUGGAACAAGGCUCCCCCCUUGCCGCCCGGCCCUCUACUGGCGCGACCCCGCACCAGUGUGGCCCUCCCUUGCUCUGCGACGUCCCUACUGCCAUCUGCACUGGCGCUCUUCCUGCUCUUCCUCGUCCGUCCCUUGGGAGAGCCGGCAGGACCGCCUCCCACAGACAGCGAUGCCUUGAGGUCGGGCAGAUGCGGGCACGUGUCUGUCUCGGUGGCGACGCCAGUGGCCGCGUGUGUGCUCAUGCUGUUGGUAUUGGUGUUGCUGUGGUUGCAGCUGUGGGUGUUGCUGUUGUUGGUGUGCGUCACACUGGCGCUCUGGGACGGACUGGCGGUCUUGAUGUGAUGCAGACUUCGCAUACCCACCAGGUGGGAGCUGCCGCGCACAUCGUCCACUCCCACAGUGCCCACGACACCGCCAGCAGCCGAGGCCGACGCCGACCCUGAUGCCGAAGCUGAUGGGGCCGGUGAGCUGGCGGGCGAGGGGAAGCGAGAGGGGGAGGGGGAGGGCGCCGAUGAAGGAGGACCCGAGGCGCCGCCCGAGAAGAACAAAGGAAGAGACUCUCUAUAGCCGGCGAGGCGGUUGGCGUCCGACACACUCGUGGCGAGGAAUGGGACAGCCAUGGCAGAACCUGAAGGAAUGGAUAGUCACACACAAGACCCGCAGAAUUAUUGGAGGUCAGAAUCUGGUACUCUUCUUCCUUUGUGUACCUGGGCCUCCCCCAGGCCUUCGUGACGCCUUGCCCGCUUUCUGCCGCCGGCUGCCGUGCCGAAUGUGCCGGCCGCUGCACCGUUCGCGCAGCCGACUCCCUCCCCGGCCCUGCCUCCCAAGACUCAGAGGGGCAUAGCCUCCGUCACUGGCUGAAGAUGAUAGCGAUUACAGCGAUGUCUUGCCGCCUCGGCCCUUCUCCCCUGCGCCCAGCUGGGCGGCACUUUCAGGCGAUUGUCGGUCUACCAGGAGCGAAGAGGGGGAUGACGAUGCGACAGCCGAGUUGAGGGGAAAAGGGGGCAGGUUCUCGGGCGACAAAGUGCCGUGAGGACCACCCGCCCGCUGGUCCUCAUUAGCCGACUCGCCCGCUCGAUCCACUAGAGAAUCGUCAGCACUUGCCGCACCUUGACUGACGUCACUGCCCACACCUUCUGCGUCAGCUGAGUCGCCGGCAACUGCGUUCGCUGGUGCAUCCAUUACCCACACACGGGCUUCUCGACCUCAGCGGUGAGAAUUGUUGAUGUCGGGAAGAUUGCGCCGCUCUCUGGCCAUACGAAAAGCACGACUCGACUGCAGAGCACAAAUGUCAGAAAAGGAGGACAAAGGACGGAGCGAAUGAGGCGUGUGGCUUCGCAAGAAUGCAGCGGCCCUCACUGCCUAGCCUGCGUGCGAGGUGCAUCUCAUCUUGCCUUCCUGCUUCAGUGGCCCGCUCUACGCUCCGCGAAGAAAAAGACUCUCACUCACACCAGAUGCCCUCAAAACCUCUUUUCUCUUCCUGCCGUCGUCUUCUGUCGACCCAAGAGGAAGAGCAGAC